AUGGCCGGUGUCGCCGCGGUCACCUCCGCCGCCAAGCGCGCCUCCGUGCACAAGCUCUCCGAGGAGGAAUUCUGGGCCUUGGUUGCGAAGAUCCGGUCGGCGCACGCGGCGGCGGCCGUCCAAAUGCGCGAGUCUUACAUUGCCCUGGACGCCUGUGAUAAGUGGAUGAAGGGACAAGUUGAUAGGAAUGUGCCGUAUCAGGAGAAGCACGUUGUGCAGCAGGUGUCGAUCAUGGGGAACAUGGAGACAUUUGGUUUGCUGCCGAGAGGUGGUGCUGAGGAUGCAACGAAGGAGAUCGCGUUGAAGAAUGCUCCGGCAGUUGUUGAAUUUGGUGCUGGGAGGGGUUACUUGACUCAGAUGUUGGCAGACUGUUAUGGGAUCAAGAAUAUCUUCUUGGUCGAGAGACGAUCGUACAAGCUCAAGGCUGAUCGAAGUUUAAGGCAAAAUGAGGGUGUUAAAUUGGAGCGUUUGAGGAUAGAUAUUGAGGAUUUGAGCUUGCGUGGAGUAAAAGCGUUGAGUGGAAGUCAGUAUCUAGCAAUCGGAAAACAUCUAUGUGGGCCUGCAACAGAUAUGACCAUAAUGUGCUGUCUUCAUGAACUACACAAUCGUACAGAAGAGAAAGGCCACGACAAGCAUCAUCUCCGGGGCCUUGCUUUAGCCACCUGCUGCCACCAUCUUUGCCAAUGGAAGCAUUAUGCAAAUAAAGCUUUCCUCUCUGGACUAGGGAUUGCGGAGGAAGAGUUCCAUGCCAUGACAUGGUUUAGCAGUUGGGCUGUGGAUGGUGACCACAGCUCCCAGGACUCUUUGGAGUCUGAAGACUCAUCUUCUGAAGUAAUCAGGAACAGAGUAACCGAGAAGCCUGAUCCGGAGAUCGUUGGAGUCGAGAGGAUCAUCCGCGGUAUACCGGGUGUGGAGAGGAGCGCACUGGGAUUCAUGUGCAAAGAUGUCAUUGACACCGGGAGGCUGCUAUGGCUUAGAUCCAAGGGUCUAGAUGCAGACCUCGUAAGCUAUGUUCCGUCAGAUGUUUCGCCGGAGAACCAUUUGCUCAUGGCCAAGUGUAGGUCUUGA